AAUUGGGCUUCGGCGGGAAAGGCUGAGGUACCUCAGGGAGGGGACGGCAUCGGGGAGGCUUCAGCGGGAAAGGCUGAGGUACCUCCGGAAGGGGACGGCAUCGGGGAGGCUUCGGCGGGAAAGGCUGAGGUACCUCAGGCAGGGGAUGGCGCCGAAGGCACUUCAGCAGGACACGUUUAGGUACCUCGGGGACAGGACGGCAUUGGGAGAGGUUUCAGCUCUCAAUGCUGAGGUACCUCAGGGAGGGAAUGGCGCUGAUGUAUGUUUCAAAGGGAAAUGCUGACGUACCUCGAGGAAGGGAUGCUGGGGUAGGAAAUUUGAAGCAUGUCAGAUGGGUCAGGAGUGUGUUUAGGAUGGAACAUUCUGCAGGAACACAUCCCAGUAAAGUGGGGGAGAAUGGCAAAACUCUGAUCAUGCCUCCUAGGAUGUCUGCAGGCUUGGGGACAGAGAUGUUGAGGUUGUUAAUCCUGUUCUAAAUAUUUCAUUCUCUCUCUCUCUCUCACACUCCUCUGCAGCACCUGACUGGAUAAAGAAGCAAAUGGACAAGAAGAUCCUGCGCCACAACACAGAUAAAAUUUAUUACUCUCAGCUUCAGAGACCUGGAGAACCAUUCCCGUCUUGCCUUUAAACAGCCUCCUGUCAUACACUUCUCCCAGGGAGAAGACUCAUUUGCCAGUAAAAUGUCAUAUUAAACCAUAGGGUGCACACUCUGCAACUUCCAAGCCCACCUCUGCAUUAUCUCAUACCUACAACAUUGCAGUGCACAUGCGAUUUGAAUUUGGCACUAGUUGUUGGAGUGUUUGGCUUUGGUGAGGACAGUGUGUGUUCGUCAGCAGUUAGUGUAGGGUGGACUCUUAAGGAGAAAGUGAAAAUUUUCAUGCAGGAGCUUGUUGAUGUUGGAGUGUUAUUGUGGAAGUUUUUGUGCAGGUGUUUGAUGUUGGAGUACUAUUGCAGGGUGAGUGGCUUUGUGAAGGCUUGUCUAUGAGAUGGAGUAGAGAGCAGUUUACAGUGAAAGGGUGAGAUAUGGACAGUUUGUUGGUAGGUUUUGGACAAUUGUCAGUUGAAGAGUUGAAGAGGUACAAGUUAGGUGUCGCGUAGAGGGCGAAGUUGACUUCGCCUGCGUGGUGCAGUUGGAUUGGUGUGGACAGCUAAUGAGAAGUGGGCUUUUGCAAGUGACCCAAAAACUCAAGAUCCAGCAGGCAGCUACAGACAUUUUCCCGCUGCCUGGGUGGGCUGAGGAGUGCCGUGCAUGGCUGCAGUGUUACCAGACCCCACUGGAGUGGCGCACGGCAAGCUUGAACCUCCGCGUGUUCCAGAGAAAGUGUACCAAGGUGGAGAAAUCUGGUCUUGAGUGAUAAUGUCUCAUACGUGAAUGGUGAAUUCUCCUCUCUCCAGGAAGAUUGGGUCAAACAUGCCACUUUGUCUGUUUCCCAAAUUACAUUUUGGACUGUAUUGCACAUUGUCAAACUAAAGCCUUUUUUCCCUACUUAAUUCUUACCACGUUAUCGUAAUUAGAAUUAGUAGAGAUAUUCAAGCUUGUCCUAGCUAAACUGGAAGAGAAGCAUCAGGCAUGUGUACUUUUAAAUGAAAAUUAAAUCAAAUCUGCCAUCUGAUUAUCUUUGAGCGUUUUACUGUGAUUAAUUCCCUCCCAAUGCACUGUGUAUAGUAAGGCCUGACAUCUAGCGCUACAGGGGAUGGAUCUAAUGUUGACACUUCAAUAACAGGAACCGUACUUGCUGCAUAACUUGUUUGCUAUCUAGGAUAUGUACUUCAUUGGGCUUUUUUUUUUUUUUUUUUUUUUUUUAGGAAAAGAACACAUCAUGAGACUGAAGAACCAUCUAAUUAUGUCAUUAUACACAUCCACUGCUCUUUUCUCUGCUUGAUAGUAUUUGUAGCUUUUUUUAAUUGGGAUUGUUUGAAAAGGAUUUUUAUUUUGGCUCUGUGUAGGCAGCCUGAUAUUCCUUUACAAGGGCCUUCUGCCCAAGUUCACCAUGCUCGUUUAUCAUACGAUCAUUGGGCUACACGUUGAUGGCAAAAUUAGCUGUGCCUUGUGUUUCUCCUCUAAACCAGUUACAAAUUUAACAAUAUAAUGAUCAUGACAGGAACUAAAUUCACAGUGGAUAUUUGAAGGAACCUACUGCUAAUAUAUUUUUUUAAGUUGUUAUUUGGAUUUUUUAGAUGCAACAAAAAUCUGUAAUUUCUUUUAUUCUUUUCUAUACAGAAGGCGGUGAAACUUUUUAAUAGCAGAUUCAAUCACUUGUUGUAGAGCAAAAUUUUCAGCUCCUGUGAAGAAGUAGGGUAGAGUUAUUCAUACCAUGUGAGCACCAUAGACUAGCUGUAUAGAGAAACAGUUAAAAACAACAAACAAAACCACACAAAAACUGCAGAGGCUCCUGCAUGCUCACCCUUUAAGUGCUGUGAUGUCAGUUUUCCUGAGAGCCUUUGAGGGGCUAUCCCCAUAAUUACAAACACAAGUAAGCCAAACUGUAUGAUGCCACUGAGGGGAAAAUUCUGUAUUACCCCAGCCAGAUUAGCUCACAACCCUGUGACAAGCUGGUGAAAAAGGGCAGGUUUGGAUCAGGCCAUGAAACUGAUUACAGGCUCAUGGUAACGCUAUGUAAAUUUGUGAAUACUAAGUGUGCAAUUGCUAAAACAGUCAUGAGCGCUGGACAUAUAUCUGGCACGUAUACUCCUUUUCCCACCAUCACGUUCUGUCCUGUUUCUGGAGAUCGUUGCACAGGAUUAUUUGCAAACAAUUUCUGAAGGAUGCAAAGCUUCCAGAGUUGCGAUGCCUGCCCAGCUGCUGCUGAGCUAUGGAUUCGGGCCAUCUACAACCCCAAGUCCAUCCUGGAGAAUCCCUAUGAGAACUUUGAAGAGGUGGGGGAUCCACUGCCCUACCGGGAAGAGCAGAGCAAAGCUGUGGAUGGGAAGACAAGUCCUUUUCUCAAGUGCUGCUUCAACAUCUUCAGAGGCAUCCGAGGUCUGUGGGGCACUACGUUGACUGAGAACACAGCUGAAAACAGAGAGCUUUACGUGAAGACCACACUGCAAGAGCUGCUAGUCUAUAUUGUGUUCUUGGUGGACAUCUGUCUACUGACAUAUGGAAUGACAAGUUCCAAUGCCUAUUACUACACCAAAGUGAUGUCUGAGCUCUUCCUGCAGACCUCUUCGGAUGGCCGUGUCUCCUUCCAGUCCAUUGGCAGCAUGGCUGACUUCUGGGUGUAUGCACAAGGUCCCCUUCUGGAUAAUCUUUACUGGACAAAGUGGUACAACAACGAGUCCCUAGCUGCGCACAACACCCAGUCAUACAUUUAUUAUGAGAACCUGCUGCUGGGUGUCCCACGCAUGCGACAACUGAAGGUGAAGAACAAUUCCUGUGUGGUCCAUGAUGACUUCAGGGAGGAAAUCUUGGGCUGCUAUGAUGUGUACUCGGAAGACAAGGAGGAAAGGGUCUCCUUUGGGCUCAUCAAUGGAACAGCGUGGAGGUACCAUUCUGAGGAGGAGCUGGGUGGCUCAUCUCACUGGGGAAGACUAACCAGUUACAGUGGGGGAGGAUACUACAUAGACCUCAAGUUGACCAGAAAAGAGAGUGCUGAAGCCCUGCAAGUCUUGAAGGAGAAGUUGUGGCUGGAUCGGGGAACACGAGUUGUCUUCAUUGAUUUCUCUGUGUAUAAUGCAAAUAUCAAUCUGUUCUGUGUUCUGAGGUUAGUGGUUGAGUUUCCAGCCACUGGUGGUGCCAUUCCCUCCUGGCAAAUCCGGACAGUCAAGCUUAUACGAUACGUCAGCGCAUGGGACUUCUUCAUUGUUGCCUGUGAAAUUGUCUUUUGUGUCUUCAUCUUCUACUAUGUGGUGGAGGAGAUUUUGGAGCUGCGUAUCCACAAGCUUCAGUACUUCACCAGCAUCUGGAACAUCCUGGAUGUGGUCGUCAUUCUGCUCUCCAUCAUCGCUAUUGGGUUUCAUAUCUUUCGCACCAUUGAGGUGAACAGACUGUUGGGAGAGUUGCUGAAACACCCCGACACCUAUGCAGACUUCGAGUUCCUGGCAUUCUGGCAGACACAGUACAACAAUAUGAAUGCAGUCAACUUAUUCUUUGCCUGGAUCAAGAUAUUCAAGUAUAUUAGCUUUAACAAAACAAUGACUCAGCUCUCCUCCACACUGGCACGUUGCGCCAAGGACAUUCUGGGCUUUGCCAUUAUGUUCUUCAUUGUCUUCUUUGCCUAUGCCCAGCUGGGUUACCUUCUUUUUGGGACACAAGUGGAAAACUUCAGUACCUUUGUUAAAUGCAUCUUCACCCAGUUUCGGAUCAUUCUUGGAGAUUUUGACUACAAUUCCAUUGACAAUGCCAACAGGGUCCUUGGGCCUAUUUACUUCGUCACCUAUGUGUUCUUUGUUUUCUUUGUGCUCCUGAACAUGUUUCUGGCCAUCAUCAAUGACACCUACUCAGAAGUCAAGGAGGAGCUUUCAAGCCAGAAGGAUGAGCUGCAGCUCUCAGACAUCCUGAAGCAGAGCUACAACCGGACGCUCAUGAGGCUGAGGCUGAAGAAGGAACGGAUUUCCGAUGUGCAGAAAGCACUGCAGAAUGGAACGAAAGAACUAGACUUUGAAGACUUCAAGAACAGCUUGAAGGAACUGGGCCAUGCAGACCAUGAGAUCACAGCAGCCUUCUCCAGGUUCGACAAAGAUGGCAACCACAUCCUUGAUGAAGAGGAGCAACAGCAGAUGAAGCAUGACCUAGAGGCAAAAAGGGUUGCUCUGAAUACAGAGAUUGAAAAUUUGGGGAAACCCUAUGGUGACAACAACCUGGAUGAGAAUCUGACCUACAUGGAAACAAGGAAUAACCACGCCAAUAAGGCUAGCUGGGUCUCCAAAGAAGAAUUCCAAGUCCUCCUGCAACGUGUGCUGCAGCUGGAACAGUCCAUAAACAACAUCGGCUCCAAGAUUGAUGCAGUGGUGAGCAAGCUAGACAUGCUGGAAAGAAACAGACUGAAGAGGAAGGACAUGUUGGGCAAACCACUGGAUAAUGUUAAUAAGGAGGAAGAACCCUGUCAGGAAAUCCUUCUCCCCCACAGCCUAGACCAGCUGGGAAAAGAAGCAGCAGAAGGCUGGGGGAUGGAACAUGUACAGGCAAACAACCUGAGUGGCAACUCUUCCCAAAACAGGGUCUAUCCCAUCUUGCCCAGGUCAAGUGUGCCGGGGUCUCAGGUGUCCAGGAACAUCCAGCCACAGUCUGAUGUGCGCUUCUAGUGAACAGUCCAGUGCUCCCAGUCUGGCUCCCACUAAGUCACUGUCAGUUGUUUCCCCACUAUUAGAAUAGUCUAGUCAGCUGGAUACAGACACCACUGUUGCCAGGAACUAGUGAUGUGAAAAAUCAGGGAUGUUCUUUUCCAGUGUAAUGUUGUAUGUCACAGAGCUAGAACUUCUGCCCCCUGUCUCUCUGGAGUAGGUGGAAAUUUGGAACCAGGUGAUGUAUUAAGUUUCUGCCUCGGAACAGGCUGACACAAAGUCUUUUAUCUAUCCUUUCCCAAAAAGUAGAGACCCCAGAACUCUGUGAACACUUG